CGCUUCCGUUUGUGUCAUAUGAUCAAUUUGUGAAUUGGUGCGAAGUUGUAGGGAGUGUCACAAAUUUGUAAUUGAUCUCUGGAAACAAUGUUAAAAACACUUUUUUGCAUCGUAGCUGUUUUAGCCGCAGUGAAAGCAGAUGGAGACUUCGUGGUUCUCCAUAGUCCAAACACUGUGCAGUUCAAUGGGCAAGGCGAAGUAGAGCAGAGUUUACUUACAGAAGUAUUCACGGCUGCUUUGGGUUAUACUGCAAAACUGAAAGGAACAUGGAACGGUAUGUCCAUUACAGACCCAUUUAGACUUCCGGAAGCAGUAGUUGUAAUGGCAAUAGAAGGAAUAGACUCAUUAGAUAUACCGAAAGGUACAAGAUUUCCUUUAAACGUCAAUGAAGGUGAAGAAACUACUUGGCAAGCUUUCAGACAACGUCUUGAUGAAAGAGAUGACGAUAAUAUCUUAGUAAGAAUCUAUUUGGGCGACGGUGUUGAUGCUUUGGGACAGUCUGCUCUAGGAGAACUGAAACCUACACCCAUUAAUGAAACAUCUUUGAAAGCAUUGAAUUUGCGAAAGGAUGAAGACAGAAAGUUUCUUGAGGAAGUGCAAUUGCUGCAUGCGAUUGCAAAGAAAGCACCUUCUGCAAUCAAACCAGACUCCAAGCCUGAUGUUUAUUGGUUGGUUAUGUCUGGUUUAAAACCGGUUUACGAUUUGUAUGGAAGUAACUCACCUAGUUAUCAAGAGGCUUUGACCUUGCUGUACAAUGCUUUGAACAUGGUUCGUGAUGCAUUCAACGAAGCUUACGAUGGCCAGGUAUUAACUGUGGCCUUCACAAACAAUGCAAGUAAAGUGCACCACAUCCGUUCAGUCACUCUUGGAAGGCAGAAACGAGAAGAGUCACAACCAAAGCAAAAUGAUCAAGAAGGUGAAGAGAAAAAAGUAGGAGACGAAGAGCCGUCGAAUACAGAUUAUACUAUUACUAACGAACCCAUCAGUGAUACAAGAGACACUACCGCAUAUAGCGAUAGCGAAGUCACUGAAACUGAUCAAGAUCAGAAUAAUAUGGGGGAAAACAUGAACUCUAACACACAAAUUACAGGACAGGAAAUCAAGAACCUUUCGAAAAAAUAUUCACACGACUACCCAAUCAUCUUUAACAUUGUUUUGUGGUUUGGUGUCGUUUUUGUUUUCUCGCUUCUCGCCAUUUGCAUUACUAUUGCCGAGAUGGAUCCAGGUCGUGACUCUAUAAUAUACAGAAUGACUUCCAACCGCAUGAAGAAAGAUAAUUAAAUGUAUAAAUAUUAGCCAAUGAUGUUCAAAUUAAAAUAAUUUGUUUAUAUAUCAGCUGUACUUAAAGCCAUUGGUUUGACUUCAUCAACACACAUAAUACUACGGCAAUAAAUACAGCUAUUGUAAUAUAUAUGCAUGGUAGUCGUUUCGCAUACGAUGUAAAUGAUCCAUCGAGUAUUCCUUUAUUGUACAUUUCCUAGAACUGUUAAGUAACCGUAUUGAAUCCGUAUUGUAUAACAAUGUAUAAACCUGGUCACUAUAGUUUAAGUAUAAUGUAAGUGGUUACAUAUUCAUAGUAAUAAACAAGAACAAGUUGUAUAUCUGCGAGAUAACACCUUGGAAACACAUAAUCUUUGAAUCCUUGAUAUUGAUUGCAAGUAAUUAUGAUUACAAAAAUACAUAAAUACUAGGAUUCCA